UUGCCGCAUUAGAUUCGGAACCGUCGACGCUCCAACAUGAAGACCGCCCUCGCCCUGUGUGUGUGCCUGGCCCUGGCGGCGGUCGCGCUCGCCGAGGACAAGUACACCAACAAGUUCGACAACGUCAACGUGGACGACAUCCUCAAGAACCAGAGGCUGCUCGACAACUACUUCAAGUGCCUCAUGGACAAGGGCCGCUGCACCCCCGACGGCGCCGAGCUCAAAAAGUCGCUGCCGGACGCCCUGACCAGCCGCUGCUCCAAGUGCACCGAGAAGCAGAAGAUGCAGACCGAGAAGGUGGUGCGCUUCCUGAUCGAGAAGAAGCCCGUCCUGUGGAACGAGCUGAAGGCCAAGUACGACCCCGAGGGCCGCUACGAAGCCACCUACAAGGCCGACGCCGACAAGCACGGCAUCAAGGUCUAGCCCCAACUGUGAUAUCGUUCAUGUUUUAUUUAAAUAAACCUAGUCGUAAGCGUUACUUUAUUCAGA